AAUGGCUAACAGCCUCCACUCUGGCAAAUAGUUCAGGAAGACAGUUUGAUGAUUGGAUAGUUUUCCAAUCAAUCUUAGCUCUAGGGGCGGGAUUUUAGGAAUACAGGUGGGUUAGAAAUAACGCCCGUUUUGUCGGUGUUUAGCUGGAAAGCAAGUGGACACAAUUUGUAUUGGAGAUGAGUUUUGAGUGGCCCUGGCAGUACAAUUUCCCCCCGUUUUUCACAUUACAGCCCAAUGCUGACACGAGGCAGAAGCAGCUGGCGGCCUGGUGCUCACUGGCGCUGUCUUACUGCCGCCACCGGAAGCUCUACACUGUGGACGUGCUGGAGGCGCAGGAGAGCCCCAUGUUCAACAACAAGAAGAUUGAGAGAAAACUUUCUGUUGAGGCCAUACAAGUCGUCUUCGAGGAACUGAGGAAAAAAGGGAACCUGGAAUGGAUGGACAAAAACAAAACACGCUGUUUAAUCAUGUGGCGAAGACCUGAAGAAUGGGGCAAGCUGAUUUAUCAAUGGGUGUCUAAAAAUGGCAUGGUCAACACAGUGUUUACACUUUAUGAGCUUUCAAAUGGUGAUGACACAGAAAGCGAAGAGUUCCAUGGGCUGGAGGAGUGGAUGCUGCUGCGUGCACUACAGGCCCUGCAGGCUGAUGGCAAAGCAGAGAUCAUCACAAUGGAUGAUGGAAAAGGAGUCAAAUUCUUCUAAUUUAAGAAAUCACGUUUUUUUUUCCGGACAGUGUCGAGAUGUUUUAAGCCCAGUCUGAUCUUUUUUUGAUCUGUUGGGCUCAGCGCUCUGGUGGAUGUGCUUUAGAGUUUGGAUUUCCUGACACAGAUAAAGUACGAAUUUUCAAAUAUAGAAUCCUGUAAAAGUCUUAAACUGUGAAUGGAAAACCAGCCCAAAGCAUCAUAGCACUCCAUUACAUAAUUGGAGAUGACUUACAAACCUGUUCAGUCAGUUUGACAUAGGAUUUCACUUGCGAUGCAAACUGCUGAAAGUUCAGUUAACUGCUAUGGCAUAUCAGAAAAAUAUAUCUAUUAACAAGUCAAAUUGUCAGUUUGACUUUUGUCUUUUAGCGCUGUAAAUUCUGGCAGACUCUCAUUCUACUUGAAUAUCUCCUGUGUGUGCUACCAGAAAACCCAAAAUUCUUACUGGGAGUCACCUGAUGCUUCCUUUCCAAGAUACAAACCAAUUGUCCAUAUGCCAGUUCUGGCAGUUUGGUUGCUGAAACUUUCCAGUAGCAUUAUUAUUCUUGUCUGUAUCUGUCUCCAACCACCUUUUAUACCAUGAUAAUACUGUACAAAUAAAUAAGAGUGGUUUACUUUU